AUGUCUCAAUCAACUGCUCCCGGAACUCGCGCCCCCCCUCCUCCUCACUUUUGGAAACCGUGUGUCCUUCUCGUCGACGAUGGAUUCUUCGGUGGCAAAAGUUUGGGACUAGAAUCCGAAUUCACCACGACUCUUCAAGUCCACAGAGAGACGGACAAGUCCUCCUGGAUGGGCUUCACGAUUCAAGUCCCAUUCGGAACCAACAAUGAGGAUGAUGGCUUUGGCAAGUGUCAUGAACAAAAUCGGUCACUCAAAUCGACCAGACCAGCUCAAGAGUACAAGAUGACAGUAGAAUUCCCGAUGGAAACCGACUACUUCAUUCGAGAUGUCGAGCUGAGUUUGCUGGCAGCGCUCCCCGAGACCACCAAAACAAUGUCUCGACUUGACGUUUACCUGAAGGAGGGCACACGAGUGGUAGUCAAGGGAUACGGUAAGCCUUUCGCCAACCCUGGUCAUCCAAGCCAUGGAUGGAUGAACCACAACGAACCAGUUGUGGGAGAUUUGACGAUGAUCGACAUCAUCGAGCAGAGAAACUUCUCCUUUGUGGUUACAACUCCGUCAAACGCUCUAGAAAAACACUGGUCUCAGGAGCUGCCUGGACCAUUCCGUUAUCCCUACGGUGAUGAACACUCUUGGUCCCUCGAACGAUACGAUGAGCAGCUCUCCAGAAACCGUGGUCCUCAGUUUGUUCCUGCGUUUUCCUUUGACAAUGACAAUGAGCAUCUCGCCGCGAUGACUCAGUCCCAAGUCCAGGACGUCAUGUGGAUACAUAAAGCGGCCCAAGACAUUGCAGGCAUCCGAUUCCGCGCAUAUUUCAUCAGUGCGAACGACAGCGCACGGUCCGACGAAUUCUACGUGGUUGUCCUUCUCGAUGAUGGCUUCAUGCUUCGCUUCAAAGACACAUGGCAACACUUGGUGAAAGGCGAGUUCCUCCAGCUCAAGAUGUUCGACGGUCCCAACGAUGAGACCCCAGCCAGCUGGGAUGCCAUGAUCAUAGACCAUCCCAGAGGACUCCCCGCGAUGGCUGGCCACCAGACGGACAAGGAUGACUUCGUUCUUCGUGUUCGUAGGCCACUGCAAAACCAGCCUCAACGCCGCCCCGACUUCGACAUCUGCAUUUUCAGCGAUCGCAAAUCCGCCAACAGGUCGUUUGGACGGACCCAAUACAGCUGGAAUUCUGUUUCUUUGGAGUUUAACCCCCAUCUCAAAGAGUGCAAGAGAAACGUCGACGCUGUUUGCAUGUUCCAUCCGCAGGCUCAGCCUUCGAACCUUGCUGCGGUCUCUCAAGACGUCAGGUUCAAGAUGGCUCUUCAUCGAGCUUUGUUACGCGGCAACGGUUUUUACGACGUUCUUGUGCGCGGGACUGACGACGGACCGUAUGAUGUCGACAACCUUGCCAGCGGCUUUGAGCACGCCCAUCUAGGCGACAAUCGGGCUCUGCGGUCCCUCCCUGUUGUAAAUCUCCUCGAUCUCGAUUACGACCACCUCACCGCCCUUCUCCAGGAUAUCUUGCCUGAGGACCGCCAGCGCUUCUACAACUAUAUGGCCGAGAGACCUCUUGGUCUUGGCUGCAUCUCUGCUGGUCCCGGCUUUGGAAAGACGACCGUGAUCUCCGUUGCCACCAUUGGCAUGAACGCAACUUUGGGCAAGAUUUACGCCGUCGCACCGUCACACGUCGCCGUCGAUACCUUUGCCGAGCGACUUGCCCGUAUCUCGCAAAACGUGGCUGCUCGAUGCAACAGAGACAAGGAACGAGGCGAUAGAUCACGCACACGGCGUGUUUUGGUCCUCCGCGGCUACAAGUUUGGCGACGAAUACGAUGCGUUCAUGGUCUUUCUACGCAACCCUCGCAGUGGCGAUACCGCGGCGUCCAGCCGACGUUGGAAAGCAGAUUCGAGCUAG